ACUGGCUGCUUAUCCCAGGUUGUGACAACUUACCCCAUGUAGUGUGACAUGCUCCGCUAUUGGGAAGGAUUUAUUUAUUUAUUUAUAUUUUGUAUAGAAAAUACUUUACUGUAGGCUAGGCUACUGCAUUGACAGUGAUUUUUAAACAACCUACUCUGAGAAAUAUUCACUAUACAGUAAAAAUAAUGACCCGGUCUCCAUGCAAAACUGCUAUCCUGCUGUGUGUAUAAAAUUUACAUAGCCUAUUUAUAAUAUUUUGUUGGCUACCAAUCCCUUAAUUUAUCAACUGACGUAGUAUCAACAAUGCACGGACACUACUGUAUUCAUCUCCGCAGGGUAGGCCUAGCCUACUUUAGAAAUAGUGUGUUUGUGUUUUUCAUUGUGUGGAAGGGCCGUUUUACUGUGACGCUUAUCUGAUUUUUAAGACAUUAAGAUGCUCCAAACUAAUUUGCAUACAAAGGUUUGAUGUACACUAAACUGAUGACAGCUUGUUAUAGCGUCUGUAUUGUCUAAUAUAGUAACGUGAACGUGUCAGUAGGCUAACUUAAUCCUCUUAUUAUUAUGAAACAUCCAUUUUUUCAAUUACUAGAAGUGUAUUAAAAAUUUAGUAGGCAUAAUAUAUGUGACAGGGCACUUUCGCCCCCCUGCUGAUAGCCUACUGUUACCCUAACACCCACCCACCUCCAUACAGACAGACAAAACAACUAAACAAAGGAGUAGACCCACACCCUAUACAGAAAACGUCAUCAUUGUUUAAAAAGUUGAUAAAUUGACUAAAAUUAGCCUACAUAGUGUUCUAAAACUAACAUUAACCUGUUAAUAAUUACAUAGUACACAACCCGUUUACAUAAAUUCUCUCCACGGUUACAUUAUUAACAUUAGUUUUACAACAGGUUAUACUUGUAGGCUACCUGCACUGCGCCGUUACAUUUCUGCGCAUGCGCAACCUCACCUGGCGGUUUCCUUGUUGUAAGGAAACGAUAGUUGAAUUGUUGAUAACUGUAGAACUGUAUGUUGCGAGAGGAUCGCUUAAAAGCAUCCCCAAGAACUUGGACGAACAUAUAGGCUACCAUUCGCCAAUUUUUCCGAAAAUGCCUCGAGCAUUCUUGGUCAAAAAAGUGAACAUCGCUACUGGAAAAAGAAGCUGGAGUGAGAUUCCGGAUUCUGCGCGUGGGGACAUAUACAUACCUGAGUCCCUUUUUCCACCAUAUGUGCAUGAAGUCUCUGAGGGAAGCAUUGCAGAAUACUCCUGCUUCACAACUGCACAAAAAAACAACACAUUUCUGAAUGUCCUGUCUGCAAAGCUGCCAUCCUCUGCUGCACAGGGUCAACCUAAUCACAAGCCAGAAUGCUGCAUGAGGACCCAAAGAGUGCCUUACUUGCGCUCAAAGAUAAAGAUAACUACAGGUAAUAUGCCGUCUCGUCUGUCAGUCAUCCCAGAACAUGCAAGCAAAUUAGCAGAUAUUUUACCUGCUGCAUCAGUAUUAUCCUGCCAGGUAUGUCAGAAGACAUUCACUACAGCACGUAUGCUGAAACGCCAUGUGAAGUGCCACAGCGAAACAAAGAAGUACACUUGUGAGCACUGUGGAAAAGGAUUUAAUGACACUUUUGACCUGAAGAGGCAUAUACGUACUCAUACUGGUGUGAGACCCUAUAAGUGCACUUUGUGUGCUAAAGCCUUCACCCAGCGCUGCUCCUUAGAAUCUCAUCUAAAGAAGAUCCACGCCAUUACUCAACAGUAUGCCUACAAAGAGCGUAGAGACAAACUGUAUGUGUGUGAGGAGUGUGGUUUGACUGCACAGACACGGGUCAGUCUGCAGAAUCAUCUUCAAGCUGAACAUCCACAGAGACUAAUAACGAGAAAAAGCAACUAUACAUAACACAUCACUGUGUUCACCUGAAACCCCCCAAAUAUAGUGCUGAGUAAAAAUAGAUAAAAUUAGAAGAAUUACUGAUAUAUGAUAAUUAAUCAUUUUUUUACACGCUACACGCUACAUACUUUUGUACAGUCAGUAAUACUUUAGGCAGAACCAAAUGUCUAAACAGGAAAAUAAUUCUGAUGAAUUGAAUUGAAUCACAAAUGACACUGAAGCAAUAAAUUGUUGAAGGCAUAUUUCACCAAAAAAUAAAAUUCUGGUGUGUUGUAAAAGAUGACCCUAUUUUUUUUUUCUUGAACGUAUAGUCUUGUGAAAAAGAAAUACACUUGAUACUUGUUAAAAAAGAGUGUUUAUUAUGAAAAUAAUAUACUUUAAAUAAUAUAGCCUACUUAAGUGCAAACUGAAUGUAAUGUUUUUGGAAACUUAACCAAAUGUUAU